CAACAAAUUAAAACCCACCCCUUUAUAUUUUCAGUCCCCUUUGAAGCAAACCAUACAUGGCUUCCAUUUCCAGCCUCCUCCUCCUAAGCCUUCCUCUCAUGUUUCUCUUCUUCACACACAAUCAGGCGGCCUCUAGUACGGAAGCGGCGGCGACAUCGUCGGAGCUGUACGGCACCACCGAAGGCACCCUCCAACCGCAAGAAUGCGGAGGGCGGUGCACGGCGCGGUGCUCGGCGACGGCGUUCAAGAAGCCGUGUAUGUUCUUCUGCAAAAAGUGCUGCGCGACGUGCUUGUGCGUGCCUCCGGGCACCUACGGGAACAAGCAGAUGUGCCCUUGCUAUAACAAUUGGAAGACCAAGCGCGGCGGCCCAAAAUGCCCUUGAUUUUAUUUCUUUGUUUAAUUAAUCACUUAAUUAAGUAGUUUUCUUUUGGAUCUGCUUUCCGUUUUGAUUCUUCUGUCUGUCAAUACGGUGCGUUUUAUUCGAAGAGGAUUACUUUAUUUUUAUUACUUGUUGAAACCAUUUAAAUUCCAAUUCCAUGUAAUUUUAACCAACAAUACAAAUGAAUUAUAGUUUCGAUUCCA